CACCCUAUGCAGUACGACAGAAAUGUACUACCUAUGUGACACAGUCGUUGGAUUUUUGCAUGAUAACACUCGAAAAUCGAACGAAGAAGAUUCCGGAUCUGUCUUGUACCUGAGGUCAAAGACUCGAAGUGUAUAGAUAUAUGGUUGUUUACUAUUUACAUGAAAAGUUAAUGGAACAAGCAUAUUUUGAUAGCCCAACCAGAAAUUUUCCGGAAUGAACGGUUUGUUUGAAAAGGAUGUCCCCACUUACAUCUUUAUUUUUCCACCAGUUCCCACUUCCCAGCUACUCCCCAGGCUCCUUCAGCCUCCCAGGAUUCUUCCGGUCUAAAUGAAAUGGGAUUUUCUUAACAGAAAUUUUGCCUAACCAUUACAAUAAUCACAAACUUGGUGGGUUUUCUAUGUGAAUAGUAAAUAAUCAUGGUCCAUGAUGGCUACACUCACAUCACUACUCACAUAGACUAUACUACUCCACCGUUUAGUGAGUUCAGGGGCUCUUAUACUUGUUGAAAGUUACUAUGGCAACAUGAAAGUAAAAUGGCGGUGUAUUCAUGUUGGAAAUGGUUAAAACAAGCGAAUAAAACUAUGUCUUUGUGUUAGUUAAUUGUAUAUAAGUCAUGGAGAGUGUGAUCGAUAAAAACCAUGAACCUCCAAUGUUCCUUCAGAGGCCUUCAUUGGGCCGUUCACAAGAUGUUUCGCAUAUUUUGGCGCGAGUAUUUCGGGACCUGACAAGAGAGAGUGUUGGGGAGCAGACUGUGAAAAAUUUAACAAUUUCACGAAGUGGAGAGGAGCGUUACCACGAAGAGUAUGUAGAGAGAUUGGCAAAGAUCCAGUCAGAACGACAGCGCCAACUAGAUGAGCUGGCCAUGCUUGAGACACAUAUAAUGCAAGCACGUGCUGCUGCCACAGCUUCCGAAGAACAAGAAUUGCAACGAGCCUCUGAAGAAUGUAGUAAUUAUGAGUCAUUAGGAUUGCCUCCAGUAAAAUCACAUCUACGUUACAUGAUGGAUGUAGCGUUAUUGAAGAAGUUUAACUUAAUCACUCCAGAUGACUAUAUAUCAGCUGAAUAUCAACGUACGCAACCUCCACAUGGGUGUCCAUUGCCAAGCUAUGCCCGACCUACCACAUCAUCACUUCUUCAUACCAACAAAGAACAUGUUACGGAUAAUUAUAUUGAAGAAUCAGCAGAAGCGAUGACCUAUCCAUUUACAGCAGAAUCACCAAUUUCGACGGAGGAUAAGCCUUCAAUCAAAGUAUCAAGGAGCGCAAAAUCCAGAGUGACGUCGUCUUGGCGUGAUUCGAUUAAACCCGAUCAAAGACACCAGGAGAGGACUGAUCUACAAAAACUAAAUGCUAAAGUCGAAUAUCUCCGCAAUCCACGUAAUAUUCCGCCUAAUUCUUAUCCAACUUUGAUUAAAACCGAACCCAAGAAAUCAUCGAAUAAAGAGCGACUUACUGCCAGAGUGAUGUCUGUCAAGUCAUCCGAUGUCCUUAUUCCUUCGCCAUCACCUGUGAUUUUCACGGAAUAUGAAGUAGGGAAGGUUUACGAGAUUAAGCUGGAACUGAAGAAUGUGUCCUCUUCGUCCCGUCAAAUCCGUGUUCUUCCGCCAGCCACCAAGUUCUUCUCGAUUGGACUAGGUCAAUAUCCAGCCGAACACGGAAUCAUAGCACCAGGCAUGAGCUGUCAAUUUGCUGUGAAGUUUGCACCUGAUUCCUUGACUGACUAUGUUGACAAAGUACAGAUACGAACCCAACUAGAUGAUUCCCUAGAUAUAGCCGUACUUGGAAAACGCAAGCCACCACAGUUAACAAUACCUACAAUACUCGACUGUGGAUAUUGCUUGGUUGGUGGAAACAAAACUGUUGUGUUCAAGUGCCUCAACGUUGGUGGUCCUGGACGAUUUUGUAUUUUGCAUGAAUCUGAGUGGCCGACAACGUCUUGGAAGUGGAGUUUAGCUAACCCUGGUUACUUGGCUCUGGAGCCUUUCUGCGUGCAACCAGCAAUGUUUCAAUUGCUUGAAGGAGAGGAAAUUUUGCUCAAGUUAACAUUCCAACCCGUGAGUGCAAAAUAUUACAAGCACGAAAUUUACAUGGUUUGUGAUAAUUGUCAAGUAAAGCGAUUCACGAUUCAAGGUGUUGGCCAAACGGCAAGAGUGCAGUUCAUGUCAAUAGAUGGAGGAAUCAGCCAGGCUGUGAUUGGCGAAAGUUGUGAUCUGUCCGCCAAUCAUCUCGUCAGAUUCUCUGAUCAAAAUCCCUGUACAACAGUUAGGAAGAAAAUGGUGUUGAAAAAUAUGAGCAACGUUCCCCUUCCUUUCUAUUGGAAAAUAAUGAAGCCUCGCAUGAGGUCUUGUAAGAAUGACAAAAACAGACAAUUCGCACCAGAGAAACACUCUGUAUUCAGCAUUAAGCCAAGCUCAGGUGUAUUCCAGCCUGAUGUCGGUUUCCAGUUCGAAGUGACGUCAUCGCCAACCGAGAUUGGUGAUUUCCACAGCGUGGCGCAUCUCGUGCUGGAAAAGAUUCCAGUAUCAAGUUCAGCUGAAAGCGUACAACAAGAUGAGGACGUGACCUCAAUGAAGGUUGAGUUUAAGCUGUUCUCAAAGCCUUUUCAAGUUAUGGUUGAUCCACCGAUUCUUAUAAUACCAGGAAAACGUUUGGCGGGAAAAACCUACAAAUUUGAUGUUAAGAUAAAGAACAACAGUGUUUCUAAAACAUCUUAUGAAUGGCAGACAUCACCUGUGAUUGACAUUCAACCCAAGUCAGGUGACCUUGAUAUUGACCAAGAGGAGACGCUCGAACUCAGUAUUUGCGCAACAAAGGCAGGGAGUUUUUCAUCAACAGUUAAAUGUGACGUCAAUUAUUCAUCAGACCCCGUGUAUGUCCACGUGAAGGCUAACUUUGAGGGUCCGCUUGUGAGAGUAGACAACGCAGAUAUCGACUUUGGUCUUGUGCGGUUCUCUAGAUCGGCUCUUCGAACCGUGGCUAUAACAAAUCUUUCUGAAGUUGCUGCUGUUUGGUCUCUUAAAGAAGCUUCGCCUUAUAAUCUCAUCGAUAUUGACAAGGGAUACAAAGAAAUGCCUUCAGAGUUUCAGUUUAGUCCACACCAUGGAGUUUUGGGUCCGUUUCAAAGAGUUGACGUCGAAGUUGUCUUUAAGCCCUUGACAUGUAGGAGAGUUAGAAGUGUGUUUCAGUGUGAUGUUGUGGGAAGUGAGAUAAGUUACAUACGAGCGACAGCUGAGGUCCAAAAACCAGAAAUAUGCCUUUUAUCAUCGAAUGUUGCGUUUGAAGAAAUUUAUGUCGAUGUGCCUAUUGUAAAGGAAAUUGUGCUGGAGAACAAAACAUUGAUGUUUACUAAAGUUUCAUGGAAAAAUUGCCUUGGCAACGAUUCACAAUUCUGUUCAGUAGAAUUCCAACCAAGUAGUUGGGACCUUGGACCAAGAGAACAAAAGACGUUUACUGUUUUAUUCACCGGAUCAAAAGAAGGUCUUUUAAAUGAUGUUGUUGCUGUUUGCGAAGCAGAGGGAAUGGAGAAGUUGUUAUAUUUGUCAUUUACUGGAACAAUACGUGGCUUGCAGGUUACCUUUGGGACCGAUACCCCUCAGAAGGAGGAUCAAAAGAAUAAUCUAAAAUCUGAAGAUGAAAACCAACUUGUUUUAAACUACGGAAAGACCAAUCUUGGAGACACGCCCAAAGCUCUGCUAAUCCUCACAAAUAAAACAGCGAUUGCCACAAAGUUCGAUGUUUCAGUGGAACAUUUUUCUGCUGCUAGGACACCAACCCCGCCAACAGAAGGUUCUGCCAAGAGGAAUAUUCGAGGACAUAGCAUAUUGGCAAAAACUCCUAAUAUUGCUGAUCCUUUAAGUAAGACGCCAUCAAAGUCACAAGCAGACUUUGUUCGUUCUUUACUUCGAGAUGGCCGAGGGGCAGCUUUCGUUUGUCGACCAUCCUGUGGUGAACUACUUCCUUAUCAAGAAUGUGCUAUAGAAGUGACUGCCUAUACGGAUAUGUGGGGGGAAUAUUCGGAUAACCUUAUAUGCAAGGUUCAUGGACUUGAGGAUAAACGUGUUCCAAUAGUUUUGACUGUUGAAGGAUGCCCUCUUAACUUUCAAAUGUCGAAGGAAAUAUCGCCAAUUGUUAGGUUUGGUUCUCAUGUUUCUGGGGCUCCAGUCGUUGAACGAGUACUUCGAGUCAAUAAUACGAGUCCUUGUGAUAUCCGUCUUGAUUGGGAAGUUUAUAAUAUCGAUGAAGAAGAUGAUCAAUUAAUUGAUCUCAUUAUCGAUAUUGGAGAGCCCCACCCAAAGAUAGUCGAUGGCAAGGACGUUGUACCCGCUAAACACGGCAGUGAUGUACCUCUAGUUACUGUGGAUGUUCGUCAACAUGUUGGUAGACAAGAAAACGUGCCUUUCAAGAUUAAACAACCACAACAGAUUGUUCCUGCGAGAAAGCACUCUGAUCUCAAAGUUGUUUUUACACCUUGUUCAAAUAUGACGUCUGAUGUAGUGUGCAAUUCAUUUACGCUUGGUUUCAUUAGUUUGGAUAGUAUUGAGGAAUUAGAGAGUUGUUUUGUGAAGCGAUGUACUGGACGAUAUAAAGAACCUUUCAGGUUGAAUAUGACUGCAUCUAUAAAACCUGCAAUAUUGUCUGUUGCGGCAGAUGAUGGUACGCAUUUUGAGACAAGUGCAAGUGACUUAUUGAAAACAUCCAAUGGUAGUAUCUUUGAGACAAUGAAAGAAGUCCACAAAACAUCUUAUUAUACCUUAACCAACACAAGUGAUGCUUUAGUGUCAUUUCGAAUGCUUGUCGAAAAACCAUUUAACAUACUUGAUAUCAGCGCUCCACCCUCUGCCUAUACUAAAGACAAUACUAAAAUAACAUCCAGCAAGAUCAUAUCAUUGAAACCAAGAAGAAAUGUCCAGAUUUCUAUUGGGUUCUGUCUUUCUCAUGAUAUGUUAUUUGAGGAAACUCAAAUUAGCGAUAUUGUCGAGUCAAAACAAAAUGGAUUAUUACCAGUGCUUGAAGUACAGAAGAAUCUUCAGAUAAUGUUUUCAAAUAAAACCACACAGACGUUACCGCUAACUGCUGUUGUUUCACUGCCUCAUCUACUACUCUCUAAAGAAAAAAUAGAUUUUGGUGUGGGUCUCGUUGGACACACGAAGGUAAUGACCGUGAAGCUGACCAAUUUUGGAAAAUCUGCUAGUUCUUGGUUUGUAGAGAAAGAUUCUCGUUAUCCUGCUGAGAGUCGCGAAGUUUUUGGUGUUGAACCAACAUGUGGUUUCCUUGAGGGUCAUAUCUCUAAUGUCAGCAACAAUGAUGUCUUGCUCAAGCUUACGUUUGUUCCCAGGAGCUGCAUUGAUUACGAGUGUGUGAUAGUUUUCAAGGGAUUACUAAAUGAACCAGAUCUUCACUUGCUUGUCACAGCCCGAGGUUCAUAUGACGGUGGACAUGAAGAUUUAGUUACCACAGCAACGCUAUGACCCCACCUUCGGUUAAAACUGAAAUAGCAAAUAAUAACAUCGUCUUAUUUAGCUCGGGGACGUGGUAUAAUGUGUUACCAAAUGCCUGUUAUCCACAGUUAAAUGUCGGCAAAGUGUUUUUUCUCUACGUUUUCGUAUAUAGCUAUUUCCCAAGAUUCGCGAGAAUUGAAUAUUUCUCCUUUUCGUUCGAAGUAAAAGGUCGGUAUAUUGUUGUCCAUUCUUUGUAGGACUGGAAAUUGGACCUACUCUGAAACCAGUAAACGUUGUAAAUUUGUAAAUUUAAUUUAUUCGGUUCAUAUCGAUGAUCGGUCGUUCUGUACAAAUAUGAUAGUAAUUUUAUCAUAUUUUAACGUGUAACCACAUGUCAUUAUAAUUUGUACAUUU